AUGGCAGUGCGUUCUGAGGACGUGAGUUUGUCGAGAACGAGUCGUUACGAACUGGAGGGCCGUACAACCUCGUUCGCAUGUAUCGUCACGAGAGAUGAUAUGGGCGAAGACAGUAAAUACCACAUCAUUUGGAGUCUGGGCACCAGCGAGAUCAGUAAUUCGACGAGUGACUUGCUCCAUGUUACCCUGCACAGGAACAUGUCGGGUGCAGUCCUGGUGUGUCAGGUGUUCUCGCCUAGCUUCAAUUUCAAAAAAGCGACAUGGACACUUGACGUCAUGUAUCCACCAAAUGGCGUGACUCUAGAUGUGAACUCUACCCACUCUUGCGAGAGUGACUCGAUGUGUAGCGCCGAUGUCACGGUCGGGCGUUACUACCGUUUCACCUGCAAUGCCUCCGGUUCGAAUCCCGCCAGUAACAUCACCUGGCUGAUCAACACCAAGGGCAGAUGGGGAACAACUCAGAGAGAGAUUCCCGCGGAUAGGAGCCGGUGUCGCCAAGCUGAGACCGACACGGACUGGGAUACUUCGAGCCAUAUCAACCUUCAGAUACUCCUGGAAGAUCGACACGGCAGCGUCGCGUGCAGGGUGAUGUUCCUCGACGCAAGUACGGUGUUCAGAGAGAUCGUAAUGACACUGCAGGUCGUGGAGCCCGUGGAAGAACCCCGAAAUAGGCCUAAAGUUCCUCUGCCAGAAAACCCGGAGCUGGCGAAAUGGGUGAUGGUUGCCUGCAUCCCAACGGCGGCGAUUAUUACUGCUUGUGUAAUUGGCAUGGUGAUUGCUCGAAAACUCAAACAUCAAUCGGCACCGCGCCAGCCACGCCCACAAGCAGAUGCAACUCCGCCAUCUUCUCCUAAAGAGGGGGAGAGUCACGUGUCAGAAGAUGAGGGUUUGUAUCAGGAGUUGCCAGUGAUUCACGACCAACAAACAGAACGAUCAAGUCCAGACCAGAACACCCCCCUUUAUCACACCACCAUCAACUAA